AUGUCCUACGAAUAUGCAGAGGCGUGGGCCCAGAAAAAAUUUCCCGACGACGGCUUUGGGAGUCCAAGCACCCUUGCCGAGACAAUCCGUAAACGUCUCAACAAAGAUCUGUUCAAAAUCCCUUGGACCUUAGCCGUUCGAUACCAAAAUCAGGACAUGAUUUUAAUUGUUAUGAGCCAUCGCAACACAAGACUGUCACCCUACACUCGCAAGAAAUUUACCGAGGACGACCGUGUGAAACUCAUUAAACACUCCUUGUUUGGUGGUAUGGAGGGUGAGCUUGAAUUCCUCAAGGACCUCGAAUUUGUGACCAUUCCUGAUCCUUACACAACUGGCCUCCCAUGA